AUGUGGUGCAUUGUCUGUUAUAGGUGUCACUAUCUGUACCAUAGUGGCUGGCAUUUUAUCCAACCAAGGGCAACAGAGGAUGAACUUCAAUAUAUUGUUCCCUCUGAGGGCUACUCAACCACAUUCAUAUGCGAUAGUCCUUCUAAGGACUACCAAACCACACUCGUAUGCAACUGCCCUCUUAAGGACGAACAGGUUACCUCAACACUGCCAUCUGUGAUCGUCAUUCUUUGUGAACGCCGGUGCAGUCCUCUUACGGGUAACUGGCUUAACUCGCCCUGUUCUUUAUUACGCUACUUAACUGAAAUUCUGCCAUGCCUGUCCAUCAGGUGUCUGUUUCAUCUGAAAAAUGGUUCUGUUUGUGCUGCUCACCACCGUUGUAUGCAAUAUUCUUAUUUUCUUGGGCAGUACAAAUUUAAAAAAUUUGGUGGCUUUAAAAUUGAUGAAGUGCUAAAAGAAAUGAAACGAGCAAAGAAAUUGAAAUGUGUGUUGUGUAAGAAGUCAAAGCUUAAUGGUGGUGCCUCAGCUAAAUGUGGUUACUAUUAUUGCAACCGCUCAUUCCACUAUUAUUGUGCGCAAACUAAUGACAAAUGUUUUGUCAGGCGAAUAUGCAUCAGACGUCAAAAAUCUAGUCGUCCAAUAAUUCUCUACAGAAUUUUCUGUAGUAAAGAGCAUGAAAAAAAGUGUCUUGACAGAGGAGCUUUAUUUCAAGAAGCAUUCAGUGGUUUAGACUCUUAUGAUGAUGAUGAUGAUGAUGAUGAUAUAAGUGAUUCUUCUGGUGAAAAUCAAUGUGUACAAGGUUCAGUAAAUCUUUUGGACCAAAAAACAUCCAAACUUACUGGACAGCAGCAAUCUCUGACAGAUUUGACCUCACAAGCAGCAGCAUCUUUAAAUAAAGCUGACUCUUUGCUAUCGAAUGGUUAUAUGCAGGUGCAAGAUCAGAAGAAACAAGCUGCUCAACCUGAAGUAUAUUCUGAGGAAACUCUCAUCAUAGAAAAUGAACUACUUUUGCCAAGUUCUGAAUUCACUGGGAGAAAUACUUUAGAAUAUCAACACCAGAACAAUUCCAAUGACUCACUGGAGAAUGGGUGUUCUGAUGUUGAAUCAUUGGCUCAGACAGAACCGACUUUGAUCAGUUUAAAUUCUACCCCACCAGAAAUUCGGGUCAGUCCAGAUGAAGAAGAAGAAAAUGGUCCUGUUAAUCUUCAAGUGGAAACUCUUUCUGUAGAUUUGACAAAUUGUACACAACCAUCUUCACCUCAUAUCACUUCUUCUCAAGAACAAGAAACAAUGGUUUUAUGCAUUUGUCGGAAUAAGAAAUGUGACCUACAAAGCCAGUCUCGCAUAUUACGAAUUUGUAAAAACCGAUACCAAGCUUCAAAAAUGAAUAUUUUCUUCUGGCAUGACAUUAUGCCACCUAGUUUCAAGCCAGAAUAUUUGCCAUAUUUUUUUCUGGAUAUUGUAGAGUGUCUCAGGUUAAAGAUGUAUGAAGUCUUCUUUACUCUCUUGUUCAGAUUUGAUCAAAAACAUUCAGAAAAAUUUCAGUAUUUGAUUGAUAUUGAAGAUGAUUCAGUGAUUAAAGAACAAGAAGAUAAUAUUUGGACAACAGUGGCUAGUUAUCUGAAGAAAGCAUCUCUUGAUAGUGCCAAAUUAAACUUCUGUGUUAUACUCAAAAUUGUGCCUUCUCAAACAACAUGCGACAAUGGGAAUCUUUCUCAGACAGAAAAAUGCAAGAAAAGGCUUGGAGAUGUAUCAGAAGUUGUUAAUGCAGAAAAGAGAGCUAAAUUUUAG